AUGGCCACGAUCAAGGCCAUUGAGGGCCGCUCUGUCCAUCAGAUCCAGUCAGGACAGGUCAUAGUUGACCUGUGCUCGGUUGUCAAAGAGCUUGUAGAGAACAGCCUGGACGCUGGAGCAACCUCUAUAGACGUUCGCUUCAAGAACAACGGCCUCGACUCCAUCGAGGUCCAAGACAACGGCCAUGGCAUCUCUCCGGAAAAUUACGAGACUAUCGCGCUCAAGCACUACACCUCGAAGCUCUCAACCUACGAUGACCUCACAUCCCUCACGACCUUUGGUUUCCGCGGCGAAGCGCUUUCCUCCCUUUGCGCGCUGUCCAAGUUCCAUAUCGUCACAGCGCGAGCCGAUUCUGCGCCAAAGGGCACGAGGCUGGACUUCGAGGUCUCGGGGAAGCUGAAGGGCACAAGCGUCGUAGCGAGUCAGAAGGGGACAACUGUUGUGGUGGAGAAUCUGUUCUACAACCUGCCAGUCAGGAGGAAGGAGCUGGAGAAGAACAUCAAAAGAGAAUAUGGCAAGGUCCUGGGCAUACUGCAUGCGUAUGCGUGCAUCAGCACGGGAGUCCGGUUUGCGGUCAGUAACCAGGCCGUCAAAGGAAAGAAGCUCACGGUGUUCUCCACCAAAUCAAAUCCUACGACCAAAGAGAAUAUUGCAAACGUGUACGGCGCUAAGACACUUCUCGCCCUCGUCCCGCUGGAACUGCAGUUCGAGCUGCAACCUACCCGAGGAUCCACUCAAUCUCUUAGGAACUGGAGUACACAAGAUGACCUCGCAGGAAGGCAAGCAGCUAUCUCCGGCCACAUUUCCCGUCCGGUAGUUGGAGAGGGCCGCCAAACACCGGACCGGCAAAUGUUCUUUGUAAACUCUCGGCCUUGCGGCCUCCCACAGGUCGCCAAAGCGUUCAACGAGGUGUACAAGUCAUAUAAUACCACGCAAUCUCCGUUCAUAUUUGCAAAUCUCAAACUGGAUACUAAUGCAUAUGAUGUAAAUGUUUCACCCGACAAAAGAACGAUUUUGUUGCACGAUCAGAAUGCGCUGUUGGAGUCACUUAAGGAAGCGCUUACCAAACUCUUCGAGGAGCAUGAGCAGAGCGUUCCCCAGGCUAGCUUCGGUGCAAACAAGAAGCUGCCUGCUUACAAGCAGCUGACAGUGGACAAUGACUUUACACCGCCUCCUGCUCCCAUUGAGCCACCGGAUGUGGCAGAGGCAGGGGUUCUCAGUGAAGAGCCUUCAGAGGACGGUCCCCCAUCAUCAUCGGGCGUUGAGACCACACUUCAGGCGCCGCAGGACGGUACUCAAACGAGUCUCAUCCAGAACUUCGUUGCGAGAGAUGCUAUCGGUCGAAGUCAGGUGGUGCCACCACGGCCAAAGGAAGCUGGCCCGACCGUAGACAAGCCGGAGCUCGCCAGGCUGCCUAACAAGAAUCACAGUCCUACCGCAGUCAAGGACCUCCACGCUCUACCUAAUACACCUAGCGAUCCGCCGUCUCCUCCGCGUUUCGAAUUGCCAAAACAUGUUCAGGACUUCAACGAACGCAUCGCUAGCCAAGCAGCCCGGGACGCAGCUCCUCAGCCACCACCCUCGCCCGCUACUCUGAACGAAGCAGGCAUACGCUCUAUCAGCAACACGUCCCAGAAGUCCACCGCAGGUCCGGUCCAAAGCGCAUUCGACCGCAUGCGGCCGAAGCGUGCACCAGCAGAAACAGCAACAAUCACGAUAGGCGAUGUCACGACGAGAAUGACCAUCGGAACGCCACCGAAGAAGAGGAGGAUCCACACGCCCAAGAAAGGUUGGGAGGCUAGUUUGAGCGGGGGCGGCACGGCAAGUCUACUGUUCGGACGAAGUUUACAAGGUUUCUCUGCGCCUGGAAUGCAGAUUGAGGUCAGCGAAGAGGAGGGGGAUGCGCAAGAGGAAGAUGGUGACACCGAUGAAGGGAGCGGCGCGCCCACGGAAACGACGGGAGGGGGAACUUCAUCCGCACAAACUGCCGGCGACACAGAAAACUCCGUGGAAACCUCUGAAGACCAUGUUUCAGCGGACGACGACGCACCGCUAUUCGUGCAGGAAGAUGAUGGUUCCGAUGGCGAGUACAUCGAUGAAGAUGAGAAGAAAGCAAGGGAAGAAGCUCGCGUGGCGCAGAUGAUCGCGAAGGCCGAAGAAGCGGCAGCGCGACCGACAACAGACAAUCUUAAGCGCGCAAGCACAGUAAUGAAAGGCAGGAUCAGGAAAGACUCCACGCUGCAUUUUGUUCGCUUUCUUGACACAUCUGUGGCGAGUAUUGAGAGGAGUCUUCAAAGGCUCAACAGCGCACUAUCGGUAUAUGUGCAGCAGAAGAACAAUGGCGAUGCGGAUGAGACGAUGGAAGAUACGGUAGGAGAGUCGGUUGAAGAACGCCUCUCUCUCACAGUCGCCAAAUCAGACUUUGGCCGCAUGCGCAUAAUCGGGCAGUUCAAUCUAGGCUUCAUCUUGGCCGUACGUCCUGCGGUUUCUUCUUCUCAGCCUGAUGCACUCAUCCCUCCCACAACCACCCCGGGCUCCCUGCCAGCAUCAGCAUCAACGAGCGACGAACUCUUCAUCAUCGACCAGCACGCCUCCGACGAAAAGUACAACUUCGAGCGGUUACAGGCCUCCACCUUUGUCCAGACCCAACGGCUCGUCCACCCCCUCCCCCUCGACCUAACAGCCGUCGAAGAAGAGAUCAUCCUUGCACACCCAGAAGCCCUGACCGCGAACGGCUUCAAAAUCGCCGUCGACACGAGCGGCGACCUCCCCGUCGGCCAGCGCUGCCGCCUCGAAAGCCUCCCCAUGAGCCGCGAAACGACGUUCAACCCCAGCGAUCUCGAAGAGCUCCUCGUGCUCCUCUCCGAGAGCGGAGGGCGUUCGUACAGUACUGACGGCGCUGGAGGCGUUGGUGCGGGAGUCCCUCGGCCUAGUAAAGUAAGGAAGAUGUUUGCGAUGCGCGCUUGUCGGAGCUCGAUCAUGGUUGGGGAUACACUGACGGUGGCCAAGAUGGAGAGGGUGGUCAGGCAUAUGGGCGAGAUUGAGAAGCCGUGGAAUUGUCCGCAUGGGAGGCCGACGAUGCGGCAUCUGCUUGGGCUCGGGGAUUGGGAGGGGUGGAGGGAGGGGAGGGGGCUGGUUGGGUUGGAGGAGGAGAGGGUGAAGACGGAUUGGGGUGGGUAUCUACGGGGUAAGCGGUGA